UUGAAGCAACCUAUCAAUGAAUACAAAACAAUAAAUAAACAAAACAAAAGCAGUGCGCUUUCUCUAGGCCGACUCUUUAAUUUCAAUAAUGAUCUAAUCAAGUCCUUAUUUCGGAGCCUUUCUCUGUGGUGGAAUCGCCCGCAUAAAUGACAAGGUAUAACAGGUUCCUACGCGAGGUCACGUUGGUGGUGACUAAAAACCUAAAAGAAAAAUUACGAAUCUAAUUUUUAUAAUAACAUUAUACAUCCCCUUACAACCUUCUAUUUCUCCGUGUACGGAUCUUCCGUAUUGGCCAAUUUUUGACUGAAAGAUGACGACCGAGAGCGGCUGGCUAUCCUUCGGUCGACCCCGUCAGCGAGAUGGCACUUCUUGGAAUGUCGUGGGCACCCGACGACGUGCAGCAGGCCGGAUACGUCGCCUGCUAACCUCUGCGUCGUCGGUAGAGCGUUAUAGAUGCCUACUGAAGUAGAGGUGCCGCUGCGACUUCCUUCUAGACCACCACUUACAUCUCCGUCCAGCACCAUCCCAACUGAUCAGACGACGGUACCGUUCACUCCCGCGGAUUGUUGGGAGCGGCCGGAGAAGACAUCGGGCGUGUACACCAUCUACCCCAGCGGCGCUGCCGUCCAAGUUUACUGCGACCAGACGACGGACGGCGGCGGCUGGACGGUCUUCCUGCGGCGCCAGAAGCAGGAGCCUCAACUCAACUUCAGUCGAACCUUCAAGGAAUACGAAGAAGGCUUCGGCAGUCCCAGUAGCGAAUACUGCGGUAUGCGGGCAGAGAUCGUCCGAGGAGUAAACCGCACCAGCGGCCGCUACCUGGACUUUAGAGUGGAAGGCGGUAAAAAUUACACACUGAGGGUCGGCGGCUACGACGCCAGGAGCAGCUCUGCCAGAGAUGCCCUCACCGUCCGUCACAACGGCAUGCAGUUCUCGACCAUCGAUCGUGAUCGUGAUCGUGAUCAAUACGGAGGAAGCUGUUCAGAGAAGUACGGUGGCGGAGGCUGGUGGUACAGGAGCUGCUAUCGUGCGAACCCUACAGGCGAGUGGGCCGGCGACAGACCCUCCGAGAAGACCACUGGAGGGAAGUUCUUGGUCUGGAAUAUCAAUGUCUACCAGGCGCACGUCACUGAACUCGCCCUCAUGAUCAGACCAAAGGAUUAAUAUGUACAAUAUGAUGGAUCAUGUAGGAUAUGCUCAAGGGCAGCAGGAAGUGCUCCAGGACAUGUAGGGCAUGCUCUAGGACAUGCAGGAGGUCCUGUAGGACAUGUAGGGCCAUGCUCUAGGCAUGCAGGAAGUCCUGUAGGACAUGUAGGGCAUGCUCUAGGACAUGCAGGAAGUCCUGUAGGACAUGUAGGGCCAUGCUCUAGGACAUGCAGGAAGUCCUGUAGGACAUGUAGGGCAUGCUCUAGGACAUGCAGGAAGUGCUGUAGGACAUGUAGGGCAUGCUCUAGGACAUGCAGGAAGUGCUCCAAGACAUGUAUGGCAUGCUCUAGGAUAUGUAGGAAGUCAUGUAGGACAUAUAGGGCAUACUCUAGGACAUGUAGGAAGUGCUCCAGGACAUGUAUGGCAUGCUCUCGGACAUGCAGGAAGUCAUGUAGGACAUGUAGGGCAUGCUCUAGGACAUGCAGGAAGUGCUGUAGGACAUGUAUGGCAUGCUCUAGGACAUGCAGGAAGUCAUGUAUGACAUGUAGGGCAUGCUCUAGGACACGCAGGAAGUGUUGUAGGACAUGUAGGGCAUGCUCUAGGACAUGCAGGAAGUGCUGUAGGACAUGUAUGGCAUGCUCUAGGACAUGCAGGAAGUCAUGUAGGACAUGUAGGGCAUGCUCUAGGACACGCAGGAAGUGUUGUAGGACAUGCAGGGCAUGCUCUAGGAC